AUGCCCAACCUCCAGCGUGUCAUCGAAGCUCUGCGAGCACCCAGUAACCAUCCUCCCGCGGGAGAAACCUGCAACAUCUGUCUUGAAGCACACACACAUCCCGUCAUCGUUCCCUGCGAAGGCCACCACAUCCUCUGCAGAGUCUGCAUCAUCGACUGGCUGCAAGCCGACCAUACCCACAGAUGUCCAUCAUGUCACCAGGUGCUUGACCCAGACGCAGGGCAGGAUGCCGCAGAUGAAGGACACCCAGAUCCCGCAGAGGAAACGACUGUGUCCCAAGACCUCGCAACAAGCGUUCAAGCGGUCUACGACAAUGCCCGCCGAGCGCGGCAGGAAUUGAAUCAUCCGUACAUUGACAGAGGAAGAAUCAGACGUGGCCUCAUCGCUAUUGACGAGCAUAUCCGCCUCAUUGACGACGGGAUCGGGAAAUUUUUCGAAAGAAUCGCAUACCUUGAGGAAGAAGUCGCCAUGCUCAGAUCGGGAGCUGAAGUCACAGAAGCUCACGUUCCAGCUCAAGAUGAAGCCAUCGCAGGAACAGACGCACAUAUCCUUGCAGAGGGGCCCUAUGCUGACGUCCUCAUUCGUCUCUAUGCGUUCAAUGCCGGACUACGCCAGCCAGCUCAAGCAUUGCCACAUGUCGAGUCGGCUGUAGCAUUGGCACCCUGGGAAAACUCGAAUUGCAUGGAAUCACAUCAAGUGCAGCCACAGCAAGCCAUAGCAGGGCCUUCGAGCCGUUCGACCAACCCACCUCCAGGUCUCGAGCCGGUUGUAGGAGUGGCACCCUGGGAAAACUCGAAUUGCAUGGAAUCACAUCAAGUGCAGCCACAGCAAGUUAUAGCAGGUCCUUCGAUUCAACCUGUCAACCAAGCUUCAGCUUCCGAGCCUCCUCCUGGGCCAAGGACUGGGCUUUGGGCAAGUCUCUGGGCGCCCCAGGCUGGAGGUGAGGAGAUGGAUGAGGAGCUUUAG